AUGUCUAUUCUGAGUGAAACAGACUUGUUAUGGGCUCCAAACUCUAAAUUUGGUCACAUAGAUGAACUUCUUGGUGGUUAUAAUCUAUACUGGCCUGGCGCACAUUACGUGGACAUUAUAGGUCAUGCUCGUCUUAAUUUCGCGCCUCAGCCAGGCGAAGCACUGGAAACCAUGAAGUACUUUGCAGAUGUAGGUCUAGUUCUCUCUUACCAGUGGCUCUCGCAAGUCACUUCAAAUAUAUGUUUGAUCAAUCAAUUAAGCUCAACUGACUACAAACACACCAAGAUUUUUUCGAUACCCAAUGAAUACAAGCCCUUUGUGUUAGCUGAGACUGGAGCAUCAUAUACCAGAUCAAAGGAAACCGGUGAACCAGCUUCAGGAGGUGCUUCGGAUUACGAUAUCAAGUAUCAAUGGGUUCAACAACUCUUGUCAAAGGAAAUGGCUCAAGCUGUUCCUACUCUUAAGGCCGUUUCUUGGUUUGAGGUUAUGAAAUAUGAGAAUGCAGCAGGAGAUACACCCAUCAAAUCCGAAGACUUUCGUUUGUUCAUGGGAGAAGGGAAGAUUGGUAAAGACUCGGCUAGCUUUGUUGCAUCCACAGAUUUUUGA